CUAGCUCCCUGCAAAGGCUGCCAUGGCUAGCAAAAGAAAGUCGACGACUCCGUGUAUGGUGCGGACUUCUGAAGUCGUGGAGCAGGAAGCCACUGAGGGUGUAGAAACCCCUAAGGAAAAGGGGGCUGCCGCCCCGCAGCAGGACACAAAGAAAACCUGGCCUGCAGAAAGCUCCGUGAAAGACUGUGAAGUGGUGGAGGCAAAGCCACCACCUGAAAAUCAGUCCAAGAAACCCCAGGGUGGCUACGAAUGCAAAUACUGCCCUUACUCAACACAGAACUUAAAUGAAUUUACGGAGCACGUUGACACUCAGCAUCCAAAUGUCAUUCUCAACCCUCUGUAUGUUUGUGCUGAAUGUAACUUCACAACCAAAAAAUAUGAUUCCCUAUCUGAUCACAACACAAAACACCACCCAGGAGAGAAUAAUUUCAAAUUGAAAUUGAUUAAACGCAAUAAUCAGACUGUUUUAGAGCAGUCCAUUGAGACUACCCCUAACAACGUCACCGUUGCUAGCAGUGGGCCGGAAAGUGCUGAGUGUGACGACCCGCUUCAUGGGGGGAUUAGUGCAAGUAAAACUCCAAUGAUGAAACUGGGAAAGCCUAAAGUGGACACUAAGAAAGGUUCCAAGAAGCCAGAAGAGGGACUUAUGGAAAAUCAUGUGGAUGGGACUCUCCCCCGCAUCAUAACUGAAGCCACUGAAGCUAUUGCUUGUAUAAAUGGAGACCUUCUCCAUGAUGUGUUAGCUCACGUUAUGCCCUCGGUACAGCUGCCACCAAAUAUUAACCUUCUCCCCAAGGUCCCAGUACCUCUGAACAGUACCAAAUAUAACUCUGCACUGGACACUAAUGCAACUAUGAUCAACUCCUUUAAUAAAUUCCCUUACCCAACCCAAGCAGAGUUGUCGUGGUUGACAGCAGCAUCAAAGCACCCAGAGGAGCAAAUCCGAAUCUGGUUCGCUACUCAGCGCUUGAAACAUGGUAUAAGUUGGUCUCCAGAGGAAGUGGAGGAGGCAAGAAAGAAGAUGUUUAAUGGUACUAUCCAGGCAGUCCCCCAAACCAUCACUGUCCUACCAGCUCCUUUGACAACUGCAAAAAUUCCCCAGCCCAUCAUCCAGACAGCUCUGCCUUGUCAGAUACUGGGCCAGACUGGUCUGGUGUUGACUCCCGUGUCAAAUGGCUCAGCGGUUUCCUGUUCACCUAUUACUCUAGCUGUUGCCCCUAACCAGGGGCAAAAGAGAACGAUACAGACCUUAGCAAAUAUCCCGGAGGCCAAGCGUCCACAUGUUGUUCAGGUGCCAGAGAUUCCUGCCAAGCUGACUGCUGCACUGACUCCAGCAAGCGAGCGGAAGAAGACGAAGGAGCAGAUAGCAGAACUGAAGGCCAGUUUUACAGCAAGCCAGUUUCCUGACGACGCAGAAAUCUACCGGCUGAUCGAGAUGACGGGUCUCUCCAGGAGCGAGAUCAAGAAGUGGUUCAGUGACCACAGGUAUAGAAGUCAGCGGGGCAUCGUGCAAGUGAGUGACUCGUUAGCAAAAGAUCAAAUAAUAACUCCCACUGGUCGAUAUGGCCGUUCAUUCCACCCUUAUGCAGAUUUUACACCCCAGAGAUUCAAAGAGAAAACCCAAGAGCAGCUUAGAGCCCUUGAAGAGAGUUUCCUAAGAUGUUCUUUUCCAACCCAAGGAGAAUUGGACAGGCUUCGAGUGGAGACUAAACUGAGUAGGAGGGAGAUUGAUUCGUGGUUCUCUGAGCGGAGAAAAAUAAGGGACAGCAUGGAGCAAGCAGUCUUGGACUCAAUGGGAUCAUACAGAAAAACUAAAGAUCAAGGAACCCACAAUGGUGCAAUAAGCCAGCCAGAACUGCUGAACAGCUCCCAGCUACCUGGCUCUUUAUCUGGGUCCUCUGCAGUGUUUAAUAUAAAAACCCAAGAGCAGGUUCAUUUACUGAAAAGCACAUUUGCAAGAACACAGUGGCCAUCCCCCCAGGAGUAUGACCAGUUAGCAUCUCAGACAGGGCUCACAAGAACUGAAAUUGUUCGCUGGUUCAAGGAGAACCGGUCAUCGCUGAGAGCGGGGUCGCUUAAAUGGAUUGAUCAGUAUCAACAGCAGUAUGUUGUUGAUGGUCAUAACGAGCAAAACCAGAAAAAGGGAGCAAAACGCACCGAGAGCCCAAAGAAUGGUAGUGAGGUGUCUCGGCAGCAUUACCAGGAGCAUAAAAAACUGAAUGAAGAGAAUGGGGGAAAAGUAGUUGUGAGGUCAAAAAGAGACUGCGAGCCACUGAAAGACUCUUUGUUGGGCAAUCAAGCGGAGGGUCCGGACAGGUCGGAGUGCAACAGCCACGGCAGCGAGGAGAACGAGGAGCCGACGGAGGGGAACUGGGUGGAGGUGACGGUGGGCGAGGACGAUGCUGCGUCGGACUGUACCGAUAGCUGGAGUCAAGCAGCGCCCGAAGGCCAGGCAGAGCUGGCAGACUUUGAUUCUGAAAGUGUGUCUGGAGACAAUUCCCACGCGUAGACAGGGGUUCUGGUCAGCUGCGCUGUCCUGACAACGAAGGGGUUUUCAACGCUGUUUGGAAA